ACCAUCAUAGUUGCCUUUCUCUUACUUACCUCUCUUCUGUGCGCAAACCUACAAACACCCCGUCUCUAUAUAACCCCCCGCCGUCGCCUUCUUUGCCUCUCCCAAUACCACCAACCCACUUGCUCCGACCAGUAGCCCAUUGACUUCUGGCUCUGCGCACUUCAUCUCCACCCCAGCCACAGCUUACCCCACUUACACGUCUACUCUACACCACCUCCCCCAACGCCUACUACAAUGGCUUCCACUAAUGCCGAAGGUGUCAAGCUCAUCAGCAUCACCACCUCUGAUGGCGUCAACAUGCAAGUCGAGCGCCCCGUUGCCGAGCGCUCCAUCCUGAUCAAGAACUUGCUCGAGGAUCUUGGUGGUGAAUCCGACGAGUCCAUCCCCAUCCCUAAUGUAAAUGAAGCCGUUAUGAAGAAGGUGCUCGAGUGGUGCACUCACCACAAGAACGACCCACCCGCCACCCAGGACGACGACUCGGACUCGCGCAAGAAGUCAACCGACAUUGACGAGUGGGACCAGAAGUUCAUGCAGGUCGACCAAGAGAUGCUUUUUGAGAUUAUCCUCGCCGCCAACUACCUCGACAUUAAGGCCCUCCUCGAUGUUGGCUGCAAGACGGUCGCCAACAUGAUCAAGGGAAAGUCGCCCGAUGAGAUCCGUAAGACGUUCAACAUUCAGAACGACUUCACCCCCGAGGAGGAGGAGCAAAUCCGCCGGGAGAACGAGUGGGCCGAGGACCGCUAAGAUAACAAAGACCCAAGUCUCUUGACUGAAUCUUUCUUACCUCUUGUAUGCCUUGCUACCGGCAGUCACGGCGGGUAGGUUUGGGCCAUGCGCUGCUAUGAGUGGGUUUGUCUCUGGCGCAGCGGAGUUUGACGGUUAUGAAUCAUUUCUAUUUUCCAUGGGUGUGACAAGGUGACGCCCUCUUGGUAAACAUCACUAGUGGCCACUAGUCGGUUAUAAACAGUGAGGGUGCGGGUUCACUGUCUGCUGCAUGGGCAUAUCUGCACCGUUUGCAGUUUUGAUUACAGGU